GGUCUCCGUUCAGUUUAUCACGGUGGGGGGGGUGGUGUGCAGGGGAACUGAAUUAAGGAAUCCUAUUAUCAACACGUGUUUUAUAUGCCAAAAUGUUCAUCCUAAAUACAUUGUAAGGAGCAGCAAUAAGGAUAUUGACCGACCCAAAUAUAGUUUGAACUAUAUAGCGCAUGUUGCAAGCUUUUGUAAACAUCUUUCGUCAUGCAGCGUGUAAAAAAACGCAGCAAGCGUGUGAUUACACGUGGAGCGAAUGACGCAUUAAAUUUUCUGCUUUUCCUGUGGUUUUAAUUACAGCUUAAUAGUUUAUCUCAGGUGCCGCGCCAGGGGUCCCUCUGCAUAUUUUCAUCAGGCUAGAGAUGGUCUUGUUCACGGCUUUUACUGAUAACAUUAAGAUGGCAUUUCAAUAACAAUGUCUAGCGUUUCCCGAGCUUCUGAGGAUUUUUAAAAUAAAAUUAUUUAUUGAUGACGGAGACCAAGAUCCCGUGAGCUGUUCGAAAGCGAGCCUGAAAUGGAUCGUAAAUCGAAGGACGAAGGUCAUGGACGAAUCACAAUUAACGUUGGAGGAUUACGUCAUGAAACUUACUUGACAACCUUAAGAAAUCAUCCUGAUACACGAUUAUACUGGAUCAGUGAACAACAUCACACGUCAACAAGAAGUCCACAGUAUAAUCCUGAGAAGAAGGAAUAUUUCUUUGAUCGUCAUCCGGGUGUCUUUGCACAUAUUGUCAACUAUUAUCGUACAGGAAAGUUGCACUGUCCUAUGGAUGUUUGCGGACCAUUAUUUGAAGAAGAGUUAAGCUUCUGGGGAAUUGACGAAAGACAGGUGGAGUUGUGCUGUUGGGAAAAUUAUAAGCAACACAAGGAUAAACAGGAGAAAUUGAACUACUUCACAACACCGAGUGAUGGCGACGAUCAAGAAGAAGAUGAAGAUUUGGAUUAUUCAUUUUGGAAGAAUGUUAAAAGACAAGGUUAUAUGUUGUUUGAAAAACCAGCAUCUUCAACGCCUGCCAAGUUGGUAUCAAUCCUGAAUUUGAUCACGUUUCUUAUAACAAUCAUCCAGUUCUGUCUAACAACAUUAAAAUCAUUUCAAAAGGACUCUCAAAAAAUGAAAAUCCUAUCAAACGUGAGAGUUUUUACUGUUUCGUGGUUUCUUCUUGAUCUGGUGCUGAGGCUUAUUUUUGCACCUUCCCUUGUGGAACAUUUCAAGAAGCUCCUGCACUGGUUGGACAUUACCUCAGUCUGUGCGUUGAUAGUUCACAUGAAGAUUCACCAAAGCCCGAAUGCGAUACAACCAUUUGAGAUGUUAAUAUUUCUUAAAUCAAUUCGUUUGUUUAACUUGUUGACGUUCAGUUUUGUGAUUCAAGUGUUAACAAACACUCUCAAAGCCAGCACACGGGAGCUUGGUUUACUGACAAUUGUUGUUGUGUUUCAAGCCUUUGUGUUCUCCAUGCUUCUGUUUUUCAUUGAACGAGGCGAAUCAAUCACAGAAUUUGAAAGUGUUCCUCACAGUCUAUGGUGGGCAAUAAUCACGAUGACCACGGUAGGCUACGGGGAUAUUCAACCUCAAACUUGGAUUGGAAAGGUUCUUGGCUGUUGCUGUGCCAUGUGUGGUGUGUUAGUGAUUGCUCUCCCUGUCUCUGUCGUCGGAACUAACUUCAGUUUAUUCUACACGUACGCGAAGGCCAGGCUGAAUCUUCCUCCAAAGGUCGAACAGAAACCUCCACUCUCAAAAGAGUUGACAUCGUUGAAGGCUAAGAAAGCAGAGUUACCUCACACAACAUCUAGUUAUAGUUGUAAUUCCAUUGCAAAGAAAUAUGAACAAGCUAAAGAAAGCUUGGAAAGAUUAACUGAAAAUCAGGGAGAUGAUAAAACUGAUGCGACAAGUAUCAGCGAGAGGCAACUAAACGGAUCUAAACCAAAGCAGUUGCAAAACCUUUCAGACAGUGACCACGAUGAUCUUACCCCAUCUUUCAGAGAAUGUAACUUUGAUUUUUUAGAAGUUCCUGUUGGUAAGCGCUUAAAAAAAUCAUUUCUUUCAAACUCAAUCUCGCGCGUGAUAGGUGCGAUAACGCAUCACCCGAGGCAGAGUCAGUCCCCUCCGAGCGCACUGCAGUUUGACGCACAAUCGACGUAUCCACUUUACCUUCGUCGGGGAGCAGUCGCCCCUGGCUCGAUCAGCUCUCGUAGCUUCUCGUCAACUAUAUACGACAGUGGCUCGUCAAAUAUACCAAGCUGUGUUAAACAAUCUGUGAGGUCUUUACGAAGAAAACAAACGCUGAUCAAGAGACUGGGAAAUAAAAGAAAAUGUACUUCCAAUGCAGAACUGCACCUCGUUUGUUUCCAUCGCUGCGACAAACAUCCUGAUAACAACAACAAGAGCACAGAUAAUUGUUCUUGUCCAACACAACAAUUAUCAAAACCAAGGCUUGCAAAGAGUUGUUCUGAGCUGAAUGAUAUCUUACAAGGCAAUUACCAGAAUAGUCUGAAUAGUAUGGCCAGUGAAAAUAUUUCUUCAGGAGAUAUCAUGAUUAAUGACAGACCACAGAGUGUUCCUCUCAGUGAGAUAGCAAUCACCAUAAACGGUUGUUCUGAUGAGGGAAGUGAAACGAAGGAACAGAAUGUCCCACUAAUACGAAUUAAUGACCCAGGUAACAAAGGAACGUUCUUAAAACCGUGGGCACAUAAUCACCAGGGAAGAUGACCCCUGGAACAAUUAUCCCAGGGAAUAAAACUCCUGGAGCGAACAACCAACAAGGCAAAUAGACUCUCAAGCCAACAGUCACCAUAGAAAAUUGUGUGCGAUGUGAUCGAUGACCCUCGACCAAACCGAUGCUUGGUCAAACCAUUGCUAACCCUAACAUCAUAUGUUUAAAAGUGAUAGUGUAAAUAAAGCGCGAGUGAUUGUGUAGUAUACUUGAAUUAUUACGACUCAUAAUGAAGUAGCAUAACUAUCUUCUAGUCGCCGUUAUCUAACUAGUGCAAAUAUACCUUAGAGUAGAGAUACGUGUACGAUAGAUACACACUGUGUAGGAGUUAGUAAAUUUUUUCAUUAAA